UCGAAAGCUUCAGGCUUGACUUUUAAGAAAACACAUUUUUCACAAUCUUGCAAGCGAGCCCCAGUCCGCCUCAAAGAAGUCUGUUCCUUCUUCAAAAUCACUGUUUUUUGACCUCCGCCUGCUGUGUGGUGGUCAGUCAACAGGCAGUCUGCAGCCCCGCCAAACUGUCGCUCUUGCGUACCAUCCGACCCCUCGCUCGAGGCCUCUCUACUCGAUCUUCCGCAAUCAUGGCCGCUUUCGAGUCCCAGAAGCUGUCGUCCAACGAGGAGACCGAGGUCCAGCAAUGGCUCACCACGGCUGAGCGCCUCAAGGCCGCUCCCUCGGAUGCUUCCAUUCUCGACAAGCUCAACUCUCACCUCUCCUCCCGCACCACUCUGCUGGGCACCACGCCGUCCAAGGCCGAUGUCGCCAUCUACGAGUCGCUCGCCCCAGCCGUCAAGGCGUGGUCUCCGGAGCAGCGCACCGGCCAGAACGGUCACCCGCACAUUGUCCGCCACCUCGACUUUGUCCAGCACUCGCCCGUCUUCGACCUCAAGGUCGCCGACUCCGAUAAGAUCCACGUCGACCAGGAUGAGAUCCUCUACGUGAAGCCUCCGGUCGAUGCCAAAGCCGAGAAGGAGCGCCUGAAGAAGGAGAAGGCCGCCGCUGCCGCCGCUGCCGCCGCUCCUGCUGCUGGUGGUAAUGCUACACUGGUGGACAGGACUGUCGCUGCGGCUGGUGCUGCCGUGGAGGCUGUCAAGGGUGCCGCUGUCCAGGCAGGCGAGACUGUUGCCGCCGCCGCCGCCGCUGCGGGCAUCACCGGCGAGGCUGCUGCUGCCCCCAAGCAGCAGAAGAAGGAGAAGAAAGAAAAGGCUCCCAAGCCGCAAAAGGCCCCCGCCGUUGCCACACCUCCUGCGCCUCACUUGAUCGACCUGCGGGUUGGCCACAUUCUGAAGGCUAUCAAGCACCCCGAAGCCGACAGCUUGUACGUCUCUACCAUCGCCAUGGGCGACAAGGAGGGUACCGACGACACCGAGGUCUACGAGGGUCAGGUCUGCCGUACUGUCUGCUCUGGUCUCAACGGUCUGGUUCCCCUGGAGGAGAUGCAGGGCCGCAAGGUCGUCGUGGUCGCCAACCUGAAGCCGGUCAAGAUGCGCGGCAUCAAGUCGUGCGCCAUGGUCCUCGCUGCGUCGCCGAGACUCAAGGAGGGUGAAGUCGAUGACCACAAGGGCCCGGUAGAGCUUGUCACCCCACCAGCCGAUUCCAAGGCCGGCGAGCGUGUCUGCUUCGAUGGGUGGCGCGGCGAGCCCGAGGGUGUCCUGAACCCCAAGAAGAAGAUCUGGGAGACUUUCCAGCCUGGCUUCACCACCAACGACAACCUCGAGGUUGCCUUUGACGGCACGGUCGUGAAGGAGGCUGGCAAGGAGGAAGUCGGCAAGCUCACGACCGCGAGUGGUGGUGUGUGCACAGUCAAGAGCCUCAAGGGCGCGACCGUCCGGUAAAAUGGGCGUGUCCAAAUAGAUGAUGCUAAAUGCCAACAUGUAAAAAAGAAAUGGAAUCAAAGAGAAUUUCCAAGGUUGACAGUGUGCUCUCCUCUCAGCUCGGAAUUGUACGAGGUUGUAUGCCGACGAUGGUGAUUUCCUAUUUCUGAAACGUAUAAACGACUACGUAGUGAGAAGGAGUGUACAACUCUGUCCCUGGAC